AUGGACUGCUUCGACGCACCAGAUUCCUCACUCUCGAAGAAUGCGGGUACGAGCACGAGCACACAGCCCCAACGCGACCCCCAAUUCUACACCGAACCAAGCCCGGAGCAAGGGGACGAACAUAUCACGUUCCUCGUCGAGGGCGUGCUUUUCCGUGUAGCGCGUUGGGCCUUCGAGGACGACUCGGAGGUCUUCCGUGAUAUGUAUGCGCUCCCACUUGCACCGGGCGCUACACCGGAUGGGGCGAGCGACGCGCGACCUUUAAGGCUCGACGGUGUUGCAAAGAACGAGUUCCGGCUGCUCCUGUGUGUAAUGUAUUCAAGGUAUGUCCUUUAUCCUUAUCUUCGAAUCACCAACAAACCAGAUACUCACAAACCAUGGAGCACCCCCGACGGCCCCGACCUCACUCCCGACGAAUGGAUCUCUGUACUCAAGCUCGCAGACAUGUGGCACCUAGCGCACGCGCGCGACAUCGCAAUCGCGCACCUCACGCGUACGCUGAGCACGCAAGACCCCGUACAGCAGCUCGCACUUGCACAGCGGCACGGCAUCGACGCGUGGCUCCUGCCCGCGCUCAAUGCACUCGCGCGACGGCCUUCACCGCUCUGCGCCCGCGACGCGGCCGUCAUCGGGUGGGAAUGUGCACUGAAGCUUGCAGCGGUGCGCGAGAUCUUCCCGGGCGAAUUCGCUCUUCACUUCCUUCCGGCAAACUUGGUCCUCGACUAUGGGCCACCGUCAUUCGAGGACGCAUUUUCAACUAUGCCUAGUAAUGAUAUAUCCACAACUAGUUUCUUUGGCUCAAUGGCAAGGUGCAUCGUCGAUUUCCAACUUUGUCCCGGGUACGCCUUAGAACUCAUUCGAAAUAGCCCACACGACGCCAACCUCAGCGGCUUCCGCGCAGCCUUACUGCAUAAAGACGACGUCGCCAGAAGGGAUGUGAACCUCUAUUGGGCGCUACAACGAUUGUCGUUCGUACGCAGGCCACAUUGUACCGAAGACGACCCAUUUGAAGAUAUAGACAACGAGGGGAAAGUCCGAACUUCAAGCAGCGCUGGCUCAAGGGCGGACACGGCGCGGAGAGCUGCCAUUCUCAAGCAGCUUACAGCCGAAGUGGCCACAGUUUUAUUGCGUCAGCACCGCUGUUUUGUGUUCACCGUGCUUAUACUUGGUGACCACGCACGCUUCAUCCGGUGGGACCGCGCGGGUGCAGUAGUCACCGAGAAGUUCAACUACAAGUGCACUCCGUACCUUGCCAGGUUCCUCCGAAUGUUUGCUCAAAUGUCUCCAGAGCAACAGGGUGCCGACCCCACCGCCGUGCUUGUAGAGAAUGGCUCGCAAGAUUUCCGCUUGAUGAUGGAUGCCCCGAAUAACUCUACGCCUGGGAACUUGUAUGCGCGCGACAUGUUCUACAAGUCGCUGGAGCCCGGUUGGGCGUGGUGGAAACUAAGCGUUCCAUCUAUGGAAGGAGAAAAUAAUGUCCAAGAGUCCCGCGAAUUUUUGGUGGGCAAGCCGCAUUUCCUAUCGGAUGACCUACAAGGCCGUGCGACACGCGGAUACGUCGCACUUGACUGCUCAAAAAAACACUUUGUGUUCCUCAAGGACGCUUGGCGGGUCUCUGGUGCAGGGAUGCAGAAGGAGGGCGAUGCCCUCAGGACCCUUCAGAAGGCAGGUGUCACACACGUCCCGACCCUUGUCUGUCAUGGAGACAUCGGAGGCCAGAUAUCGUCCACGCAAAAGCACGUCGCUCCCGGUCAGCCAAAUGACACCUAUGUUCACUACCGCCUGGUAGUGGAGCAGGUGUGUCGUCCGAUCCAUGGGCAUCGUAGCGGCUUGGAGUUAGUGAGAAUUAUCGCUGACUGCGUCGAUGCUCAUCAACAAGCCGUAGAGAAGGCUGGAUUGAUGCACUGCGACGUCAGUGUAGAUAACAUUCUCAUGGUGGAAAGGCCCAUGCGCGGAGGUAUGACUGAGCGGCGGGGAAUUUUGUGCGAUUGGGAGCUCUCGAAGCCUGUUCGCGAUGGGCCCAAUGGAGAGAAAGAGGCUGUGAGAGUGCCGGGUAUUUCGGGAACAUGGGCGUAUAUGUCCGUGCAUGCGCUGGACCAUCCGGAAGACCCAAUUACUGUUGCGGAUGAACUUGAAGCAUUCUAUUACGUGCUCUUUAUGAGUGCCAUCUACUGUAUGAAGAACAACAUCUCCGACGUCGAAAACUUUGUGUAUCAAUACUUCGAUUCGUGUGGUGCGAACGGCCGUUGUGGAUCAAUGAAGCGCCAGGCCAUGCUCGACGGGCGAUUCAUGUAUAAAGGCACGCGUAUCAAGUUUACUGACGAAGAAGGGGUGUUGCAACACCCACUCAAUGAUCUGCUCCCACUCCUUUCUCUCUGGUUCAGUUUGCGCUAUGGUUUCGAGCAGUAUGAGAACGACACGAGAGGGACAGAAAGCCGCACGAGAGUCGACAAGGACGGGCGUGUGCUUGACCAUCAAUUUGCGGAGAGGAUCGAGUGGUGCAUGGAUCAAGUUACGCAGCUGAAGACGCACGAUGCGGUGCGUCGACUAUUGGAGGAAUUUCUAGAUGCGGUCGUGCAGCCGGGGGACGACAAGAGAUCUAUUCCAGGUUUCGUGAUUCGCAAGGAAAUAGAUUCCCCACAAGAGCGAUUCCUACCUGCCGCAAGUCGGAAACGUCCAUUAGAAGAGGAGUCAGAAGACCUGCCCUCGUCAAAGGGCGCCAAACGUCGCCGUGCUUGA